AUGGUGGAUAAUGUGGUGCUGCUGGGUGGCGGAGGAUGUUGCUGUUGCCUGUUCGUGGUCUUUGUGGUGCUGAUGCUCGCCUUGGGUUUCAAGAAGGUGGAGAGUAGUCAGUGGGCGCUGCAGUACGACUGGUGGUCCGAGUCGGUCAAGAAGGACCCGCUGACGCAGGCGGGAUUGCAUUUCGUGGGUAUUGGCAACUACUUGGUGACUUUCCCAUCCACCAGCAAAUACUGUUAUUUCCGCAACUUCGACAAUUCCUUCCAACCAGAUGAUGAUGAUGUUUUUAUGCCCCCGCUCUCUGUGCGAACCAGCGAUGGUUUGAAGGUGACAUUGGAGUUGGAGUUUGUGUACAGAUUACAGAUGGCGAAGUUAUAUGACUUGUACAUGCUGGUCGGUGACACUGGCUAUAGGAAUACCCUUGUGCACGUGGCUGCAGCUGCGAUUUCCGCCCAUGCGACCAAUUUCUCUGCACAGGCGUUCUACGGCGAUCGUGGAGACGUGCAGGGGGCUUUUCAGGCUGCACUGGCGCAAGAGCUGGAUCGAGUGCUGUACAUCACAGUGGUGAGUUUCCAGCUGCAGCCCGCGCAUUUCCCACCGAAGUAUGCGGCCGCCAUAGUGGAGACGCAGGAAAUGAAGCAGGACAUCCAAGUGGCGGAACAGGAGAACAAGACCAAGGUGAUUCAGAAGCAGACUGAGCUCUUCAGUGCGAGGCAAUUGGCGCAUCAGAUCAUUAUCAAAGCCGAGGGCGAAGCGCAGCAGACUUUGGUUAGGAAUCAGGCAGAUGUUGCGCAGUUCAAAUACCGGCAGCAAGUGCUUGCUGAAGGCUAUUCCAAAGCACUGAAUUUCUUCAGCAGCAGCGGCCAGGAGAAAGACGCAUGUGAUGUGAACUUUUGGUGUUUCAGAAUGGAACAUCCACCAUCGUAUGUAUGUAUAUAUAUAUACACAUAUGGGUAUGGGUCAAUACCUAUAAAUACAUUUUUAGCGGGAUGA